GUUUCUCGAAUCUCCUCAACCUCCCGAAAAAAGUUCAUUCCCGACAACCUCGACAGUCAACCACCCAACGCCGGCCAGCCACCAGUCGAUUGCCCCCUGAGGAACCAUCAGGUUAGUUACCGAAGCGAGACAGCAACUGCGAAAAGUUCAAGAAACCCUUUACCUCGACGACGAUAUCCCACGAUCUUCCAAACUUCUUUUCGCUGGUUUUCACCAUCCGUCAGCGCAAGAAGAAAGGCAUUUCGCGAUAUCCUCCUUGGUGGGCAUUGAAGAAACACUUCGCACCCCCUCUCCCAAUCCAACACCCCUCUUCAUGACCAUUCGUGUUCACGGAGGCUCUUCAUUGUCGCUCGUCCACCAUUUCACCAGAAUCCAUGGGCUAACUUCUUCUCCAUGAACAGCAUAAGCAAUCAUGGGUAUCUCAAGAGAUUCCCGCCACAAGCGCUCCGCUUCCGGUGCCAAGCGCGCCUACUACCGGAAGAAGCGCGCUUUCGAGGCCGGUCGCCAGGGUGCCAACACCCGUAUCGGCCCCAAGCGAGUCCACACCGUCCGCACCCGCGGCGGCAACCACAAGUACCGCGCCCUCCGCCUCGACUCCGGUAACUUCGCCUGGGCCUCCGAGGGCUGCACCCGCAAGACCCGUGUCAUCGGCGUCGCCUACCAUCCCUCCAACAACGAGCUCGUCCGCACAAACACCCUGACCAAGUCCGCCGUCGUCCAGAUCGACGCCGCCCCCUUCCGUCAGUGGUACGAGGCCCACUACGGCCAGAACCUCGGCCGUCGCCGCCAGCAGAAGCAGCAGGCCGCCGCCGGCGUCAAGGAGGAGGAGACCAAGAAGUCCAAGUCCGUCGAGAAGAAGCAGGCUGAGCGCUACGCCGCCGAGGGCAAGGUCGAGAACGCUCUCGAGAAGCAGUUCGAGGCCGGUCGCCUGUACGCCGUUGUCUCUUCCCGCCCCGGCCAGUCCGGUCGCUGCGACGGAUACAUCCUCGAGGGUGAGGAGCUCGCCUUCUACCAGCGCAAGCUCCACAAGUAAACGCAUCGCCUUGUUUACCAGGGUGGUCCUGUUUGCUGCGUGAAAGCCAUGUCUUAACGAUACAGCGUCGCGCGUUGUGGGCGUGUGGAUGUGGAUGGGGGAAAAAACUAGAUAACUGUGACUCUCUCUCACGGAUCACGUUUACGGGAAUGAAAAAAACAUUUUAUCGGGCUCUUAGGUUGUUCUUGGUGUUGAACAGGUUUUGCUUUUCUCGUCUGGCAAGCCAUCACGGGGCGUGAUUAGCGUACAAUGAAAUGUAGGCUCGGGAAAAGCAACCGAGUCCACGGACGGAUAUGGGUUAUUAGGAAGACUCAAAAAGACUAUACCACCAAGUUUUUGCCUGCCGUAA